UUACCUCCCCCCGAGAUGGUGUCCUUGGGCCACCGGUGCAGGACGGGGUGUGCGGUGUAUUUAUCGCAGGUGUGCCGCGCGCCGCCCUCGCGCGCCUUGAGCCGUUUCCAGAAAGGCUUCCAUAUAGGGAAUUUCGCCGUGAGCAAGGUUCGAAGUGAGAUCUGAUCUCUGUUGAGGUCUUCUGGCCUGCCUCUGCGCUUCGUCCGGCGCCGUCCGCCCUCCGCAGGCGCGACUGGCGGCCGCUGUCGUGUCUGCUGGUGCGGGCGCCGUGCGCUGGCAGGCGGUGGACGUGCUGGGUGGCAUGUGCUGGCUGGAGGCGGUGCAGACGGCGAGGAUGGGCGGGGGUGGGUGUCGGCGGGCGAGAAGAGGAGAUGGUAUCAGGGACGGGGAGCGGUUGUGUACAUAUGAACCGCAUCUGUCGAGGGCAUACUUUGAUCGACUCCCGUUUAGCUCUCAGGCUCUCUCCGGGCCCAUUCCCGCCGCGGCCUCUCGUCCUCAGGCUCUCUAUUAGUGCCCAAGUCCGCGCUCGCCAGCUCUUCCGCGUCCCCGUCGUCCCCAGGCCCUCUUCCGCUCAGUACAUGUAUCUGGAGUAUGCCUCCAGCCCUCUGCGUCGCUGCCGACGUCGGUCGCAGCCCGUCCCAGUCCCGCACAGACCCUCCCCUCUCUCCUCUCCGAACACGUCCAGCUCCCAGGCAAAAACGAGAUGCGCCAUCCCAACGUCUGCCCCAUCUUGCCGGUCCUCCCAAUCGCGACCCAUGGCGACCCAUCCAACAAACCCCCCAUCAACUGCACAGUCCCGCACCGCCCCCAUCUCUCUCCUACAGUGCCAUCGGUGCGAGGGUGGUAACCAGCUCCCCCAGCAUGUUUUCACUCAGGGACCAGGCAGUAGAGACCUUUGAGGCUGCUCUCCAGAAGCAAGGCUCGCUCUUAUCCAACGGCAAGAUGACCUCCCCCACCACCCACUCGCCCACCAGAAUCAUCCCGCCCCGAGUCCCCGCCCUGGCGCCUCUCGCCGCCUCCGACCAAAGAGCACAGCCCGCUUCGCACGAGCCGUUUACACCAACUACGUGAGUUUUACUUUCAACGGUCCCGGUUCGUA